GGUGCUCGCGAAAGACUGACUGACGUAAAGUGCGAAGAACACCACGGAACCACAAAAGGGCUUGGAACAUUCUCACCCCCUUGAGGGAGAGAAUUAUUAUGCGUCCGGCUGAGAGGUGAAUAUAUGUUGAACAUUCAGUGUCUCACGCAUUCAAGUGGGUUCUCCUAUCAGCUUCUAGAGCUAACAGCUGAUAACACCCUCCCGGAUAGGAAGGGUGUGAGUUUUUCCGCAAACCGAGAGAGUUUGUUUUCUUUGCGCGAGCAAUUUCAUGGUGCGCAAAUGCAACAUACGCAAGCAAUAUUCGCUCGAGUUCCUUUGCAGCAUGCUGGCAAUGCAUCCUUAUUGAGAGAAGAGCGAAUCUCCAGCAAGUAACGCAUCCACUGUGCAGGGUACUUAAAUUUAAGUUGAUAAGAUUAGUUCCUGCAAGCUCGCGGACUAUUCGUUGAAGUGUCAAUACAAGUACUUUGUGCGUCUUCGUCCGGGUUGGAUUAACAUAGACGUAAUGGAUUGUUCUGUGAAGGGUAAAACUAUCGUUGUAACAGGUGCCGGACAAGGCAUCGGGAAUGACCUGUGCCGUACCCUGGAUCGUGCGGGUGCAAAGGUGAUCGCAGUGUCUCGUUCGAUAGGACCGCUGGAAGCAUUGAAGGGCGAUUGUCCACGGAUUGAAACGAUUCAGGUCGAUCUAAGCGACUGGAAACAAACCCGUACCGCAUUAGGUCCGCUCGGAAAGGUGGACGGAUUGGUAAAUAAUGCCGGUGUUGCUGUUAUCAAACCCUUUCUCGAGCUAACCGAAGAAGAUUACGAUCGCACCUUCAACAUAAAUGUAAAAGCUGCAUUUAACGUUGCUCAGAUUCUCGCUCCAAAAAUGGAUCCCGGAUCGAGCAUCGUAAACGUAUCGUCGCUCGCAGGCAUCAAGGCUAUUCACGGGCACUGUGCCUACUCCAUGUCGAAGGCGGCCAUCGAUGGGUUGACGCAAAAUCUAGCCCUUGAGCUUGGCCCUCGCAAGAUACGCGUCAAUAGCGUUAAUCCGACCGUUAUUCUGACACGUAUGGGACGGGACAAUUGGUCCGAUCCGGCCAAGGCAGAUCCGCUGAAGGCAAAAAUCCCACUCGGACGGUUCGGCGAAGUAAACGAGGUGGUGGAACCGAUCAUUUAUUUGCUUAGCGAGCGGUCCAGCUUUAUCAAUGGGCAUACACUGCCAAUUGAGGGUGGAUUUUUAGCCGGAAAUUGAGCGGUGAUCGGAUGCUGAAGAAAAUAUCCCACAAGGAACUGCGUUUGUAUGUUUUAUCAUUUGAAAUAUUCCAUUUAUUGUGUGGCAUUUGUUUUUCUAAUGUGGUAAGAGAACUCACGAAAUAAAAGCAUAAAUGGUUUACCGAUAGCUGGAUUGAGAACGAUAACUAAAGAUAGUAAAAUGAAUAUAUGUA